AUGGCGGCUGCACCUCUUCCGCUGACCCCCCGCUUCCGACAGCGCCUGGAUGAGUUCAAGCAUGACCUGAGCCCAGACCAAAGGGAGAACUUCAAAUUCACGACUCUGGACGAGCUCAAAAAACUCGUUCAUGACAUACAGGAAGAACAAAUGAAAUCUCGACGACUGACUAACCUGAGGCGGCUCGCACCGUUUCUCGAAGCGAUGGAUCAGUUUGACAAGGUUGUUCAAAUCUUCCUGAACGCUACAGACCUGCUUGCCUUCAUUUGGGGACCGGUGAGGUUUCUUUUGCUGGCAACACAAACCUACCACGAUGCUUUCAAUGCACUAUUGGAUGCGUACGUGGACAUUGGAGAGAGCAUCCCACUCCUUGCUCAGUACGAGCAGGUAUUCCAAGACAGAUCUCAGAUGCAUUUGGUGUUGGAGUUCGUCUACACCGACGUCAUGGACUUCCAUGCUUCUGCGAUCAAGUACUUCAAGAGCGCGGUUUGGAAACAAUUGUUCCACGCCACGUGGAAAACAUUUCGUACCAAAUUUGAGCCUACAUUAAACAAUCUCCGCCGCCAUAAGUCACUGCUCGAAACUCAGUCAAACUUGCUCUAUCUCCAACAGUAUCAGUUGGAUAGACAGAAGACUCAGAUAGAAUUCGAGAAGAUUGAGCAGCAAUCCGAGCAGAACCGUAGAAUGGCCAUCAACAACUGGCUUUCUCCCGCUGACAGCGAGUCCGACUAUCGAGCGGCAGCAUCUGCCCGACUUGACAACCCGAACAGUUGUUUAUGGAUUCUGCAGGAUGGACAGAUGAAGCGUUGGCUGGAUCCAAAAUACCCACUGCAGCCACUGCUGUGGGUCAACGGAAAGCCCGGCGCUGGUAAAACUGUGCUCGCCUCUCUUAUCAUACAGGAGUGCAGAAAGGCCUCGCACGGACACACCAUGUUCUUUUUUCACAAGCAUGGCGAGGAGAAACGGAACAGCCUCUUGGCAAUACUACGCGGCAUUUUGUCACAGGCCGCACGGGUGAAGCCCUUGCUCAUUCCAUAUCUCUUCGAGGAAGCAGCAAAGUCUGGUUCAAGCAUAUUGGAGGACGUGGAACUCGCCAAGUCUCUGACUGAAGUCUCUUUGGCCGCGUUCGACUCCAUGUUCAUCAUUCUUGACGGUCUGGAUGAGUGUCCGAUGCCUGCCAAGAAGCCAAUUACCACAUUCUUCCAAUCCCUCGUUAGGGACUCACACCAACAAAAUUAUGGUGCAAUCCGCUGUUGCUUCUUUAGUCAGCAGGACAAUGAUAUUGGUGAUCUGCUGAAGAAAGUUCCCUCUGUCACCAUCACCGGCAAGCAAAACAGCAAGGAUAUCCAGUCCUUCUGCCGUAUCAAAGCUCAAAGCAUUCAAGAAGAGCUGGAGUACCCGGCAGAAAAGACGCUACGAAUGGUAGAUAAAGUGUCAUCACGAGCAGAUGGAAUGUUCGUAUUUGUAGUUUUGAUCAUGAAAUACUUGGAAGAACAAACGUCCUGGAAGGACCUGGAAAGGGAGGUUGAGGAAAUACCCCUUGACUUGCACGGAGUGUUUGUGGCCCUAUACGAACGGAUUGCCAAGCGCGUUCUCUACGAUGCUGCACCUGCGGAGCGUACAGCAGCACGCAUGCUCCUUGGAUGGGUUCUUACGGCUGUUAGGCCCCUCAAAUGGCAUGAGGUUCAAGGAGCAAUAGCCUACGACCAAUCAAACCAUUCGUUUGACCUGCAGGGUUCCAAGCUACGAAAAGGGCCAAAAAGACUUUGCGGUUCGCUCGUCGAAUUGUUCGAUGAUGGCGAAAUUCGCCUUGUGCACUUGUCAGCAAAGCUGUACCUUGAGAGAAAUGAGAUCUGUGGCCCCGAGGAGGAAUUAAAGCUGCUGUGUCGCUGCUUGAACUAUCUCCGUCUUCCGGCAUUUGACCAAAGCCUCCAAGAGGAAAACGCUCGAAGGUACAUCCUGGACGGGCACUACGCAUUCAUGGAUUAUGCCCUCCCAAAUUGGACGGUCCAUCUCAGCAACAUCCUGCGUCGUCGGCAGCUUGAGCAGAAUAAAUCAUUUGAGGAGGUCGCAAAUUCUCUCCGAGCCUUUCUCAAACGCCAAAAUGUGACCAAACAUGGAUCACUUCAAGAAAAGGCAGUGAGGAAGCUUACCGUCCCUUUUAAAGAUGAGAGCUUCUUCAACGAGCUUGUACAGACCAUCUGCGUGUCAGAGAAUCUCAGCUUCGACGAAACCCAUGAAAUUGCCUUUUCCAACAGUUGCGCCUACCCUGUUAGUCAAGUAUUUCUCGUGAGAAGACUCCUCGAGGAUUUCGCUUCCAGCCCUACGAGAAGAUCACAAAUUCAGGAGAUACACGGGUCCAAACCUUUCAAGUGCCCAGAAUUACGCUGCAAAUUCUUCGCCGAAGGGUUCUCAAACAUUCAGGAGCGGCAAAACCAUGUGAACGAGCAUCGGAGGCCAUAUCAGUGCAGCUAUUCUGGUUGCGUUCUUGAAUUUAUUGGUUACGCAACCGAGCAGCAACUACGGAGGCAUGAGGCGGGAGCGCAUUUCCAAAGGCCUGAGGCUUCGAUCUUUCCUCAUCAUGGAACCCCUUCCUCCUCUGAAGUGUGUAGGGAAAUUCAAUGCGGCAACGAAGAAGUCUUUGAGAUGUGGAUAGACCAGUUCGAAAACGAGAUUCCCAAACACGAAAUAUGGCAGAAUGGCAAAUCCAGGGGUCCUCUUUGGGCUGCAAUGUCAUCUGGGAACAUCGCCAUCUUGCAAAAAAUCCUGGACUACCUUUCAUAUCUCCUAGUGCGUCCUGGAGGAGAUAAAGACGGGCUAGGGGCAACAAAUCUGGUCGAAGACGCCUUUAGAACCCGUAAAGCCGAUGUUGUGGACGCCAUCUUCUCUCGUGCUGAGAACCUCAAGGACACCAAUAUCUUCCAGCUCUUCAGCAGGGCUACUGAGCUAGGUCUGGAUGAAUCGGCUAUCAAGUUCCUGGAACACAAGCACUGCAUGGUUAACGCAUCCGAAGGCACUUCAUCCUUCUGCGGAGAAUACCUUCACCAUGCAGUUCGGUUUGGCCGGAUUCUCAUAACCAGAGCCUUGGUGCUCACCAAAGGUGUCGAUCCAAACAGCACAGCUCUACUGCGAGAUGAUACAGCUCUGCAUACGGCGGCUCUAUUCAACCAAAUUGAAGCUGGAAAGUGGUUGGUAGAGUUCUGUAAAUGCAAAAAACAAAUCGCAAAUUGGACAGGAGAGACGCCAUGGCAGGUAGCCUACGACAUAGGAAACCUCGAUUUUCUCGAAGCCAUAUCUCUGGACACUACAUCAGAAGCCGAAGAUGGCGACGAAGACUCAAUUUUGGCAACGAGGUUGCUCAAGGCUGCUCGUUACGGCGACCUUCUCACGGUGCAGACAAUCAUCAAGCUGCCGAACGCACCAAUCAACCCACCCGGAAGCGGGCCAACACCAUUGCACCUUGCAAUAGCUGGGCAUCAUACAGCUGUGGUAGAUGCACUACUUGAAACGGGUACGGCGAGUGUGGAUCGAUCUACGGGGAGGAGCCGUGAUGCGAACCUUAACCUCAAGACAGAUCGAGCCAUUUAUGAAUCUGUAAUGCAACAUGAUACUUCUUUGUUUCGUCGGUUACUCAACUACUCAGAGGAUUCCAGAAACGAGUAUUUCAGGUAUUUCGUGCGGUGGAACGGUAGCACAGAGAUGCUCGAACUUGUCGGCGCUCACAUCAGAGCUAGAUCCAACAGGCCCUGUAAGGUUAUUGGUUCAAGAUAG